GACGAUUAUCGACCCACACAACCUUUGCCCUUGGUUCUUAAUGUCCACGGUGGCCCGUGGUGGCGAGAUUCGUUCAUGCUCAGAGUAGACCAUCAAUUCUUUGCGAAUCGUGGUUACGCCGUGUUAAGUGUAAACUAUCGAGGUUCUACCGGCCUAGGAAAGACAUUUCUGAAAAGCGGUAACGCACAGUGGAGUCGAAAGAUGCAUGACGACCUGAUUGACGCUGUAGAAUGGGCGAUUUCCGGGCAAAUUGCAAUCAAAAACAAAAUCGCUAUUUACGGUGGAAGCUAUGGUGGUUAUGCAACAUUGGUGGGAUUAACCUUUACCAACGAUGUGUUCGCAUGUGGUAUUGACAUCGUGGGUCCCUCGAAUUUAGUUACCCUUCUCAAAACCAUUCCACCAUAUUGGAAACCGAUGUUUAACGAAUUUACCAUUCGAAUCGGUGGAAAUCCCGAAACAGAAGAAGGUCGAGA